GCUUGAGGAAACCAGGAUGCUCAAAUUAGCCUCCAUCUGGCUCUAGCUUGUUCCGAAUCUCUCUUCUGUCUCUAGCCUAGCUUUAUUAUAAACAUCCCUCUGAAACACUUUCUCCUCACUCUCAGAUUAAACCAGUCCCUGGCCAUGUUUCCUCUUGCUCAGUGACUCCAUCCAGGGAUCCUUCCAUUUCCAUUCCCUCCAUACCCAGGCCCCUCCCCUGGUGGGUAGGGCCCUUCGUUUCCCUGCAUGGUGCUAGGAGGAAAGACCGACUGUGGAGGAGUAAGAAAGUGUUGGGUGUAGGAGGAGUUUGUCCAGAGUAGACACAUGGGGUAGAGGGAAAGAGGAAGGUAGGGUGGGAAGUGAGCAGAGCUCAGGUGAUCAGCAAAGAGGAAGCUGAAGCUGGUAAGUGAACUGGGUAAACACAAGAACAGGAAGCAGUGCUACAAGGGAAAAUGAGCUCUCGGGGAGCCAGUACUGAGGAUGGUGUGCUUCUCACAGGCUGUCAGUCCAGCGUGACGCUGUUGGGGCGAGGGAGCAAAAGUAAAGAAUGAUGUAAGGUACUGGCGGCCCCAAAGCAUCUUUUGUUGAGUGGUUGUUCCAGUCAUCUUUGUGAACCAAAUGUGACGGCUGCUUUGUGGAGGGCGUCCUCUGCAGGAGCACAUCCGUGGGAAGAGAAAGAGACACCCCGUCCAAGGGCCCUUGCUGAAAUGGGUUUAACUCCUCUUCCAGCCACCACUAGCCUGACCUCAUCCAUUUCCAGUACAAUGGGGUGGCUGAGCCAUUGAGAGCACCACCAUUACGUCAUCGUGGCAAACUGAAGGAGGAGGUGGAAAAGAGCACUGAUUGUUGUCAUGGCUCAUGAGAUGAUUGGGACUCAAAUUGUUACUGAGAGCUUGGUGGCUCUGCUGGAAAGUGGAGCGGAGAAAGUGCUGCUAAUUGAUAGCCGGCCUUUUGUGGAGUACAACACAUCCCACAUUUUGGAAGCCAUUAAUAUCAACUGCUCCAAGCUUAUGAAGCGAAGGUUGCAGCAGGACAAAGUGCUAAUUACAGAGCUUAUCCAGCAUUCUGCGAAACAGAAGGUUGACAUUGACUGCAAUCAGAAGGUGGUAGUUUACGAUCAAAGCUCCCAGGAUGUCACCUCUCUGUCAUCAGACUGCUUUCUCACUGUGCUUCUGGGCAAACUGGAGAAGAGCUUCACCUCUGUUCACCUGCUUGCAGGUAAGACUGAUUCAGCAGAAAGGACUUGGACUCCUGCUGAGUCCUGUGAGCAAGUGGGAUUUCCCAGUGCAGUGAGCUCAGAUACAGUGACAAAAUGACUUCCUGCUGGGCUGUCGAGUGAUGAAACAAUUCCACUAACUCCAGUACCUCACUCUUCCACUUCCACAUCAGUCAGUGCAAUUUUGAUUUGGCUGAAUGCUGGGUGCUCUUGGUGUUUCAUUAGCUGAAAGUGUCACCCAGUUCCUUGUGAAUGUGGAUAGCUCAGGGCCAGUUGCUUCUGUCCAAGGAUUUUUCUAUUCACCUGCAUCACAGGAGCACCGAAUGAGCCAUGUGUUGCUCCUGUCAUUGUUCCCAUCCCCUGCUGAGAGCCAG